ACAUGGCUACCUUCCGUGCAGAGCCGAGCGCGGGCCCGGCGGGUGGCGGGGAGGCUGCGGCUACGGCCGGGGCUGAGGACGAGGAGGAAGAGGAGGAGGAGGAGGAGGAAGAAGAGGGGGAGACGGAGGCGGACGAGCAGACGGCGCGGCGGCUCCUGCAAACCCUGCAGGCGGCCGAGGGCGAGGCGGCGGCGGCCGCGGAGGGCGCGGGGGCCCCUCUGGAGCCGCCGCCCCCCGCUACGGCCGCGCCGGCUCCGGGCCCCGGCGGCGCCCCCGGCGGUGGGCUGCGCUUCUCGGCCGAGCAGGUGUCGUGCGUGUGCGAGGCCCUGCUGCAGGCGGGCCACGCGGGCCGCCUGGGCCGCUUCCUGGGCGCGCUGCCGCCCGCCGAGUGCCUACGUGGCGGCAGCGACGCGCUGCUGCGCGCCCAGGCGCUCGUGGCCUUCCAGCGCGGAGACUUCGCCGAGCUGUACCGGCUGCUGGAGAGCCGGCCCUUCCCCGCGGCGCACCACGCCUUCCUGCAGGACCUCUACCUGCGCGCCCGCUACCGCGAGGCCGAGCGCGCCCGGGGCCGCGCGCUGGGCGCCGUGGACAAGUACCGACUGCGCAAGAAGUUCCCGCUGCCCAAGACCAUCUGGGACGGCGAGGAGACGGUGUACUGCUUCAAGGAGCGCUCGCGGGCCGCGCUCAAGGCCUGCUACCGGGGCAACCGCUACCCCGCGCCCGACGAGAAGCGCCGCCUCGCCGCGCUCACCGGCCUCUCGCUCACGCAGGUCAGCAACUGGUUCAAGAACCGACGCCAGCGCGAUCGGACGGGCGGCCCGGGCCCCGGCGGGAGCGGGAGCGGGAGCGGGGCGGCGGCAGCAGCAGCAGCGGCGCCCGGCAGGAGUGAGUCGGACGGGAACCCCAGCACAGAAGACGAGUCCAGCCACGGAGCCGAGGACCUGGACGCGGGGGCGGCCCCGGGGGGCGCGGAGGUGCCGGCUCCUGGUUCCGUGUUCCUGGCGGGGCCGGCGGCUCCUUCGGGUCCCCCGGGCACGGCCCCCAUCCUGCUCAAUGGCAGCUUCCUGACGGCGGCCAGCUCCCCGGCUGUGCUGCUCAACGGGGGCUCCGUCAUCAUUAACGGGCUGGCUCUGGGGGAGGCCCCCGGCCUGGCCCCGCUCCUGCUCACGGGGGCUGCUGGAGGUGGGGGGCCUGCCCCCUCCAGCCCCCAGCCCCCCGCUGCACUCCCCUCCCUGCUCCAAGUUCCCCAGUCUGGCGACCUGAAGGCUGAAGAUGCCCAGCCUGGAGAGGGGGGCUCCAAAGGGAACCAGGCAUCUGGGGAGGAAGCCCCUCCCCUCCAGGGGCUGUCCCUCUCCCAAGUGGUCCCGGGCCCGCAGCCAGCGGCCCCCUUCCCUCCUGCCGUGGUGACCUCUGCGGGGCCCGGGCCCCAGGUGGUCCCACUGUCACCCCCAGGCCAAGUGGCCCCCAUGCCAGCCCCCCAGGUGGUCCCACUCUCUCCAUCAGGCCCCGUCUACCCCGGGGCCUCCCCCUUGGUCUCCCUUCCCCAAGUGGUGCCCACCUCCCAGGUGGUGACUCUGCCCCAAGGCGUGGGGUCCCUCCAGCUGCUGACUGGGCCCACCAGCCCCGUCAAGGUGGCGGCAGCCACAGGGGCCGCCCUGGGCCAGGCCAACGUUCACCUCAUCAACCCGGGAAUGGGGGUCGCAGCCUUGCAGUUGCCCACGGCCGCCCCAGGGAACUUCCUCUUGGCAAACCCAGUUUCCAGCAGCCCCAUCGUGACGGGAAUGACGCUUCAGCAGGGCAAGAUCAUCCUGACUGCCACCUUCCCGGCCAGCAUGCUGGUCUCGCAGGCCCUGCCGCCCACUGCCGCCAGCCUGGCGCUGCCCGUCAAACAGGAAGCCCCGGCUCCGGUGGCCGAGGGGCCGGCCCUGGCCACGGUGGCCCCCGGCCCGCCCCUCCCCACCCUCUCGGCCCAGCCCCAGGUGUCGGUGGCUCCAGUGGCAGCUGGCCCGGCCUUCUCUCCCGACUCCUCCGGCCUCCUGAGCAGCGUCCCCAUCCCCACCGCCCCUUGGCCCGGGGGCCUGGAGUUGGGGGUGGGAACUGAGGGGCUCUUUGAGAUGGAGAAAGGGCUAGGAACGCCUGCCCCCCACUCCCUCCUGAGGCUGCCUGAUGGGGAGGGCCUCCUGUUGGGGGGCCCGGGGGCUGAGGAGGGAGAUGAACUGGAGCCCGAGGACAAGGUCUUGACCCAGCUCCAGUCGGUGCCCGUGGAGGAGCCGCUGGAGCUGUGACUGGAUCUAGACGUUUAUGCUUUCCCCCACUCCACAAAUGAGGUGCUUUGAAGACUGAAGUGUCCUUCCCCAGGGGGCGAGGGGAGGGGGCCCGGGCCCACCACAAACGCUACCCAAUUAACACUAAUUCGCCCCUCCCCUUUGGGGGCUGUGGCUCCCCCGGGGGCCCUCGGAAGUAGCUGGGGAGCGGAGGUCUCGGCUUGUUACAGCCCCUCCCUGCCCACCUGGAGCCAUUCUUGGGGGGACUGCACACCCAUCCCUGUCAAAUCCGGUACUGGCUGUGAAUUGUCUAUGGAAAAACACUAUGGCCCCUGGGCCCACCCUCCCAAGGACCCAAAUGGGGGGGGAGGGACUGGGCCCGGGGCUCACCCAAUGCACUCGACUCCUAAGUAGCCAACAGCAUCUGGGUGGCGGCAUCGAGGGCCCCACAGACCCUCCUGAACCCCAGACCAAAGAGGCUUCCUCCCUGCCCCUCCCCAGGAGGGCGUGACCUUCCCACCCUCGGUUUGUACCUUCCCAAAUCUUUAUAUUUUUCUAGGACAUGUUACUGCCUCAAUUUCAAUAAAGCCGACCAGAAAUGCA